UAUAUAUUUUAUGUUAGGUAAUUUUAAUUAGCCGUUGAAUGUCAAAUGUCAUUAGCACAAAGACAUAACGAGUUAAAGUUCAUAUUUCUUGCGGCAGAAUUAAUCAGCUCACACAAGUAAAGGACAAAUUUUAAUUUGUAUUUAUAAUAAUCGGCGCCCUGGCUCAAAGCAAGACUGCCAUUACAUGAGCUAAAUUUCGAUUGUGCAAAAUUCUAAAACAGUGUUAAAUUCAUGUUUUGAAAUCGAUGGAGAAAUUAACGGAGUAUCAUCGGGUUGUGAGGAAUGUGGUAAAAGCUUACCCAACUCCCACAUGUACACACAUCUUAUUCGAAUUAAAAUAAAGCAUUAUUUUCAAACUAUUUUAAGGGCUUAGGGAUGGUGAGAGGGAAUUCUCGCAGUCCCAUGCAGUUCGCGGCUCUUCUCUGUACCGAGCACUGUUUAUGUGUCAAUGCACAGUAAUACCUGUGGACUCGCAGGCGUGAUUGAUUAAAUUCCAGCUACCGGCCAGUGAAACAACCUUUCUGUGAUGGGGCUUCAAAUUCACUUAGUCUACGACCUACAGGGCUGGUGUUGUGUCAGCAUCAUCACCUUUGUUUGGCUUUAUAACACACUCUACGUUCCCAAACUUAUCCUCUUCCCUCACUAUGAAGAGCAACAUAUUCCAGCUGCCGUGAUAGUGCUUUAUUACAUGGUGUCAUUGUGCUGCAUCACCUCAUUAGUGAGAGCGUCCUUUGCUGACCCAGGGCAGUUACCACAAGACCCGGACAUACCAUAUUCAGAAAGACAACUCUGGGAAAUAUGUAAUAAAUGUAACAAGAUGAGACCAAAGCGAUCUCACCAUUGCAGUCGGUGUGGGCACUGUGUUCGGAAAAUGGAUCACCAUUGUCCCUGGAUAAACAAUUGUGUUGGAGAGGACAAUCACUGGCUCUUCCUCCAGCUAUGUUUCUACACAGAAUUGCUAAGUUUUUUGACACUUCUCUUCAAUUUCUGCCAAUAUUACUACCUUGAACCUCUAACAAAAGUAAAAGAGGAGCUCUUUGUGUUCCGACAUGAGUUGGCCAUGCUGCGGAUAUCUACCUUGAUGGGCAUAGUGAUGUUUGGAGGGAUGUUUGGUCUCUUUUAUGGUCAGCUGUCAAAUGUUAUAGCUGAUAUGACAACAAUUGAAAGGAUGUCGAGUAAUCUUGAUGAGAUGUUGAAGUCCAGCAAGCCCUGGCAGCAGACCUUCUCAGAAGUGUUUGGCACCCGCUGGAAGAUCCUGUGGUUUAUUCCAUUCAGACAGAGGCAACCGCUGCGAGUUUCCUAUCAUCACGCCAAUCAUGUUUAACAGAUGGAAGCUGAAAAGAUGAGAUCUCCUGUGUCAAAGUACUUAGCAGCAUUUCCGGUGAUACGUCCAUCCCCAUGUUCAACUUGGCACUUGACAUUUCUUCCAGCAGCAAUGUUGCAUUCCAAGUAAUAUUCUGAUCAAACUGUGUGCCUGUAAGCAGAUGUUUUAAGGACACUUUGAGUAUGGGAUACAACCUUAUGAAAAUAUUAGUUAUUUUAAAAACAUUCAUAAACAAUCUAUUAUCAAUGUUAAGAGAUAGAGGACUUCCAUUAUCAACCAAUUUUUGCCUGGUUUAUGGUGAAGGGUUAAUAGAAUGAUCAUUUUGAUAAAAACAACUCUAAUUUUAUUUUGUUCUUUUGGGAACUUCUUCAACAAAGCAUGUACAAAAGUUGUGAAAGGUGCCAGCAAUAUUGUGAAGUUUAAUUCAUAAACAUGAAUCAUUUUUGAUUACAUCAAUUACAAUUCUACAUUGUGGAGAUAAAAAAAGGUCUAUCAUAGAGAUGUCAAACUUGUAAUGCCACAUGCCAGUAUGAAGAAGAAUGCAUAAAUAGUUAUUUGAUAGUACAAAACUUAAAUGUUGCUGAAAAAUACACAUAUUGUUGAAGCUUUUCAUCUGACCAUCAACAGGACAUUUGCAAUCCUUUCAAGACUGGAAGCUUUAUCAAAAAUGGGUCUUUUUCCAGCAAAGAUUGCACAGAGCAAUUGUUUGAGAUUUUUCAAAGAAUUAUGCUGUGGAUUUAAAAUAAGUUAUUUCAUAUUACUUUCCCUUCCUGAUUAUAUUUUAAAUGGUUUUGUACGUUCAGUUUCAGUAGUUUAUUUCUAUCAAUGUGUAACUUUUGCAUCAAACAUUGCUGGUGUGGUUAACUAUUUUUGUCACUCAUGAGUGCUACAUGAGUUUUUAUAUAAAUAGAAAAAUUUGUUAAGAAUACUUGCUGGACAUAUGGAAAUUCUCAGUUGAAGGGGUCUUGGUGUCUCAGAUGUACCAAAUUUCAUGGGAAAGCAAAAUGAAUGAAGUUUAUUUAAGUCUAAUAAAAUUAAUGUGACCCAGCCCUGUGGGAAACAGUUUACAAGGUAGAAAAGCAAAUUGAACAAAUUUUUUUGUCAAGUGCCUGUAAUUUAGUGAUUUUUAUUGUGACAGCGCAUUUGGCUUGUUCUGAUCAAAUCAGGAACCAAAGAUGUUAUAUAACCGUUCAGACAAGCUUUAACUAUAAAGUAAAUUAUGAUUUUCUUUUGAAAAACCUGCAGUAAGUUGUUGCAAUGACGUUGUUGUAUCCUGAUUUUCAGACCAUAGAUUGUGCAGAUCUUUCCAUUGUGAUGUAUUUUAAAAAUCUUUGUGAAUUGCACUAAGUGUGUGUUACCUCUCCCUUUCGAGAAUAUCUGAGUGCAUGGUACAUACAGUUUACAUAGUUGGAUGCGUUGCAAUAGUAAAUUCUUAUACAUCCUACAAUCAGAAAUCUCUUGUGUGAAUUCUUAAGAGAUAAUGUCUUCUAAAAACAUAAAAUAUAAGAGCAGAAUUAGGCCAUUUGUCCCACUGAGUCUGCUUUACUGUUCAAUCAUGGCUGAUAUAUUUCUCAACCUCAUUCUCCUGCCUCCUACCCAUUACUCUUGACUGCCUUCUUAAUCAAGAAUUUAUCUAUCUCCAUAUUAAAUAGACCCA